UUCAACAACUCGCCAAGAUGCGUUUCGCUAUGAUCUUCACCGUCCUCAGCCUCUCCCUCGGGAGCAUGGCCGCCGAGGCUGCUGAUGCCUCCGAGGCCUCUGACGCCCACAACUGGGAUGACUUCCUCGACCACCUCCACGACAUCCGCAACAUCCAGGAUCUCCAGGAUCUUCUCAGCCUCGGCAUUGGCCGCUGGGGAAACAACCCUUGUGAGCGCGUUGGCGGUACUUGCGAUCCUCUUGGUGCAACCUUCUGCCGCGGCACCUUCGAUGUCGCCAUCAGCGGCCUGCCUUGCCGCGCUGCUAUUGGAACUCCUGUCACUGGCUGCUGCUGGCACGCACCUCGCAUCUAAGCUUGCGUCUCUCGAGACUCAUAGCCAGGCGCAAUGAUGCUGCCACUUGGACAAUAUAGUUGUUGUAUGGUAUUGGAUCAAUGAGGGGGUUAGCCAUACCGACUUUGAUAGGAGAUGAACGAACUUUGAAUGGGAGAUGAAACUUUUAUAAACUAUC